AUGGCGUCCAUUCAUUCAAUAGUCAUUCUUGUGUCUUUCUAUGUUGCCCAGGUGUGGGCGCAGUUCAACAUCAACGCAAAAGUUAAUAAUGUCGUCUACUGGGGCCAAGGACCCGACCAGCAACGGUUGCUGUACUACUGCCAGCAGCCCGACAUCGACGCGAUUGCCCUCUCCUUCGUCAACCUCUUCCCAGCCCAAGCAAAUGGCUUCCCAGGAACAAACUUCGGAAAUCAAUGCAGCGGCGCCGUGUAUGCUGGCCCAGGAUACAACGGUGUGGUGGAUCCUACCAAGGACGCACUGCAAUCCGACUGCCCGCUCAUCGCGUCUGACAUAGCGGCGUGCCAGAGGACGUACGGCAAGAAGAUCCUCCUAGCUCUUGGAGGAGACUCGGGCGAAUACCAACUUGACGGCGCAACGGACGGUGUGAAGUUUGCGAAUGAGCUCUGGGGUCUAUUUGGGCCGAGGAACAAGAUCUGGGUCAAGGCGGGUUUGCCCAGGCCGUUCGACGUCGCUGGUGACGCUACGGGCUCGGCGGUCGAUGGCUUCACGAUGGACAUCGAGAACGUUCCCGAUGACGGAUCAGCUGGAUAUAUAGCCUUCGCCAACCAACUCCGCACACUAUAUCCCGCAUCCCCCCAGACGGGCCUCCUCCUCACCGCCGCACCCCAAUGCACCGUACCAGACGCCAGCUUGGGCCAGGUGAUAGCCUCCGUCGCCUUCGACGCGCUCUUCAUCCAGUUCUACAACACGGCAGCCUGCUCCGCGAGGGCGUGGGUCAACGCCAACCCGAACUUCGUGUCGGGCACGCAUACGUUCCCAUCUGGCGGCUUCACCUACGACACCUGGUCGACCGCCAUCGCCGGCGGCGCGAGCGCGGCCGCGAAGCUGUACAUCGGCCUCCCCGGCAGCACGGACGCCGUCGACGACCCGACCUUCUACCUCAAUCAGAACGAGACCGCGAACAUCGUAGACGCGUACUUCUGCAACCGCAACUUUGGCGGCGUGGCAAUCUAUGAUGCCACGUACGCGGACGAGAACUUGUACCUGGGCCAGACGUUCACGCAGUGGACCAAGGGCGUGCUGAACAAUGCGCUUGCGGACCCAUCGGUGAGGAGAUGUUCUGGGACACCGGCAGGGGAAUCGACCCCUGGAAUGGUGUAA